CCUUAAUUUUGCUGCUUUUGUUCUCCCCAAGCUAAAGGAUGAACUGGUGACUGGAGACACGGGAGUAUUUUUUUGUGUGCAUCCCUCUGGAGGAGGCGGCGUCGUUUGCUGGAGUCAUCUUUGUUCUGCGCGGCCACUUGCUGACUGUACAGUGGGAAAUAGGUUAGUGUGUCUGUUCGGGGCCGGGCGGCGGAGGUGAUUGAGUAUUCCGUGCGCAGAGGAGAUGAAGAGGAGGGGGAUGCCUCGCCGGUGGUAGCGCUCUGGGCCUGCAAGCAUUCAGAGAGGGGACUGUGGAUGCUGCUGCUGUUAAAUCCUGAUCUUUAGCAAAACUGUCAGUGAGGAAAUUCUAGAUUGGCGAAGGUGACCACACCAGAAGACAAAGCAGCUGAGACAAAGACUUUUUAAAAAAUUUUUGUAAUCAGGCACCAUGGAUGUCAACCUACAGUCUCACCGAUUCUACUUCCCCCAGAUCUACUGUGCAGAACCGGGGGCUCAACCGCAGCUCACAGAGUUCAAAGUCAGCGAGCAGAGUAUCUGCCAGGCGCGGGCCUCAGUCAUGGUCUACGAUGACACCAGUAAAAAGUGGGUGCCGAUCAAACCCGGACAGCAGGGAUUCAGCCGCAUCAACAUCUACCACAACACUGCCAACAACACCUUCAGAGUGGUGGGCGUCAAACUGCAGGACCAGCAGGUGGUUAUCAACUACUCCAUAGUGAAGGGUCUCAAGUAUAACCAGGCCACCCCGACCUUCCACCAAUGGCGGGAUGCUAGACAGGUCUACGGCCUCAACUUUGCCAGCAAGGAGGAAGCCACCACGUUCUCUAAUGCCAUGCUCUUUGCCCUCAACGUCCUCAGCGCUCAGGAUGGAGGUGAGCAGUCCCUCAGUGCACAUUUUGCGCACUGUGAAGAUGCUCAGAAAGCAAAGCCAGUGCUCUAUAAUGUUGCAGCAGCACAAAUAAAUGUUUAA